ACCUAGCUUGCUAACUUGCUAACCAGGAAGAAGACAAAGCUAAACACAAUCUGUGGAGCUCAGGUAUCUCUGAUACUGCUCGACAGAAUGGACUGCGGCACCGCCGAUCGGCACUCUAACGCAGCGGACCAGUCUUCAGGGCCGGACAGCUCUGGAUCAGACGAAGAGGACCUCGUCCCACUGUCGAAGCUUGUGAUGAAGAGAAACGGAGAAGGCCAAGAGCCAAAGGAUAGCCACCAGAAGACUGGCAGAUCCAGCACAAAAUCCAAAAAAAAAGAAGCUUCAGACAACUCCUCGGACGAUGAGCCGCUCAUCAAAAAGAAGAAGGAUUUUUCACCAGCAGAAGAAGACAAAAAGGAAAAUACUCCCCCUAAAUCUUAUGGCACAACCAACAAGAAUGCAGAUUCGAGCGCUGAGGAUGACUCAGAUAAUGAGCCUUUAAUAAAGAAGACGAAGGGGCGUCCCAAGAAGCCUAAAAAGAAGAGCACCUCAGGGACGCCGAGGAAAUCUGCUGGCAGAAAGCGGAAAGCGUCAGAGUCAAAGGAUGAAUGCUCUGACGAUGAGCCUUUGAGUGAAACUGCCAAAAAAGUGAGGUCACAGCCUAAGCGGAAGACAUCUUCAAAAUCACCUCAAAGAAGCACCCAACUUGUUAAAUCAAAAAGGAACACAGGAAAGAAAAGCAUUAAUUACGUGGAGACAUCCACAGAGCAUAGCUCAGAUGAGGAGCAGCUUGUAACUGUUAAGAAGAAAGCUUCACCGAAACAGCAGAAGUCGUCACCCAGAAAAAAAACAACGACAAAACAAAAAGAUCCGUCAUCUGCAGAAAACAGCUCAGAUGAGGAGGAUGUUCCCCUGGCAAACCUCGCUGCCAAAAAGAGAAAUACUGUGAAAAAAAACGCAAAGAAGAGUUCUGCGUCUCCAGGCAGACCAGCAAAAAAAAAGAAGCCAGAGGUCAGUGAUGAAACCUCAGAUGAUGAGCCCCUAAUCAAUGUUGUGAAGAAGACCGCCGGGAGAAAAGUCAAAAAGCCUGAAAAGAAAAAAGGCAAAAGUCCUAGAAAACAGAGUAACGUGGCUGUGACAGAUGAUGAAUCCGUGUCAGAAGUACCUAAGCAUCCACAUGUGACCAAAUCUGUCCGGGUUCUACUGAAGAGAUGUGAUGCUGAAGACACAAGACCAACAGCAAGUCAGAAAAAACCCCGAGCAGCACAAAAGAAGAAGACUAACAAAGCGCCCCAGAAAAGCGUAGAUUCAGAUGAAUCAUCAGAAGAAUAACCUCAUGAAGCUGGUGUCUUUGAAAUACUUCGUAAAACACAAGCUGUUGAUUUUUAAGUUAAAAAAAUGUUUUUUAUGCAUGAAAUAAGUCAUUACAGUGUUGUUCUUAGAUUUGGGACCAAAUGUUGCAGAGUUCCUCAAACAUUUUUACAGUUUUGGAUUUUUUUUUAAGCUAAAUAUGAACUUUUCCUUUAGCUGUGUCCUCUGGUUUUAUGUUUUUAGUUUUUUAAGAUUACAGAAAAGAAAUGUAAAAGAAAGGUUUUGCUUUACUGUUGCAUGAACAUGAUCUGUGUUGACAUUAAAGUUUCACUGUGA